AUGCUGACGGUUGGGGUCUACGAUACUACGUUCUUUUUGUCCUCUCCUAAAACACGCGGCGUAUCGCCCACUCCGCUUUACUGGAAAGGCACUAAGAUCUCAUCAAGGGACCCGAUCUCGGUCUUCUACUGUUCUGCUGGUGUAAUGUUAUCGCUGCGCUUCAAGUCCAAACGCAGAGCAGCUGCACAUGCCCUUGGGUCAGGUGGCGGCAUCCAUGCGCAGCAACUGGUGACUCCUGAAUCAUUAGACAAGCGGAAUUGUAAUUUCGCUCCACCCGUCCCCGGAUCCAACGCCUGUUGUGGCAAUCAGGGCCCUAAUCACUCCAUAAGGGCGGAAAAACACAGCGCCAAAGGCCAGCGAAGCCGAACCUCUACUGUACAGGCAGUGGAGGUGCCCAAGGAAAAGACUAAAGACCUUGUCAGCCUCCGUGAUAGAUCUCCUCGAGUUCAUCACCUAGGGGCUGACACUUCUGGUGGCGCCGCCCCACACGAGAAGAGUAAAAGACGCAGCCACAAAAAACAUCCACAACAAGGCCAUUCGCAGCAGCCAAACAGCAAAGAUGGACUGUUGCGGAACUGCUGCAGCGAACAUUCGGAAAAAAAGCGCACCAGGCCCUUCGACGAAGAAUUCCACCAUGGGGCGGAUACAGGCAACCGCACAGCAACCAAAACCAGCAAGCGUGCCUUAGAGUGCUGGGCAGAUUCAGGAAUGGAUAAGUUUCCACAAGAAAGCAUGGAUCUGCAGGAUGAGGCAUGCAAGGAUGUUCAUGCGAAGAGGCAGAAGUUGCAACUGGUAAAGCAAUUUGCAGCUCGAGGGGCAGCAGCUAAUAGUGCUGCUGCGCUUGUGGAUCGGCUGCACGGCAGCCGCUUCCGCUCCCUCAAUGAAUUUUUGUACACCAGAAGCGGAAAGGAGGCCAUGGACUACUACCAGAGGGACCCCAAACUCUUUGAUCUUUACCACGCGGGGUAUCGUGCACAAGUGCGGCGAUGGCCGUUGAAUCCCCUGACUUAUGUUGUCAGUUGGCUCAAGACGCAACCGAAGGAAUGGGUCGUUGGCGACUUUGGAUGCGGCGAGGCAACGCUGGCUCUCCAAUUUCCCGAACGGCAGUUUUACUCGUUCGACUUGGUGGCGGGAAACGAGCGGAUCACUGCCUGCGAUGUCUCGAGUGUUCCCCUGCCAAAUGGACACUUAGACGUGGCGAUUUUCUGUUUAAGUCUGAUGGGAAAGGAUUGGCCAUCUUUUUUAAAGGAAGCUCAUAGAGUCCUGAAGCCUAGUGGCUACCUGUUGAUAGUGGAAGUUUCUUCGCGGAUUGCGUCAUUGCAAGCGUUUAUCGAAGCUGUUGAAGGCUUGGGAUUCAAAAACAAUACACGGGAGGACUUAGCGUCGUUCUUCGUUCUUCUGGAGUUUGCCAAGGAUAUUCGAAGCUCAAAACUACGUAGACACGACCCUGAGCUCUCCGAGAAGCUCUUACAGCCCAGCAGCAAUAAGGUAACAACGGCCGCAGGCGCUGAAGAGCCGGCAGCAACAGCAUCUGGAGCUCAUGUGAAGUCCUCGCACGGCUCCAGAGGGAACCCAUAG